AACCAAAAUCAUUUUGCACACAUAUCUCAUCAACCACACUUUCUUUCUCUACCAGAUCUAUUCUUCCAUGUCCAUACGAAAUUAGAGAUGUCAAAAUGAGCAAUAAUAGGUCUUGGAUGUAUGAAAGGCUCGCAAAUGGAGGGUUUCUAAAUGAAGACUUCAAAAAAGGAGUCAAUGAGUUUAUUCAAGCGGCGGUAAACUUAUAUCCAAGUGGCGUUAUUGCAUGUCCAUGUAGAAAGUGCAAGAACAGAAAAUUGUUGACUUGGGAUAUUGUUAGGCAACAUCUAUUUGAAAAAGGAUUUGUUGAAGACUACUAUGUAUGGGGAGCACACGGAGAGACCCAUAAUUCAAAUGGGCUGGUUUAUCUGCUGCAUUUAAAGAACACAUACAACAAACUCAACAAUCUCAAGCUGAAAUUGGAGGCUCCAAGAAUGCAUCCAAAGCUGCAUUUCCUGAUUUGCAUUCCAAAUAUUUGGAAAUUGCUGGAUGCAAGAACAAAAAAAUAUUUGGACUAGGAAAGUAUGCAGAAGAAUUCCUUCAUCAACUCCAAUCAACUCACCGAAAGACUUCUUUAUCUUCACAACGUGCACUUGAAUUUUGUAUUUUUUGGGAUGAAUAUAUGCGGAAAUGGUUAUCUUCAUUAGGCGAGGAAUGCCCACCGGUAAUGCCACUUGUGGAUGAAAGUUUGCUACAUGAAGAUCCUUGUUCACAACCAAAAUCUUUUGAGGAAACAUGGCUUCCAUUUUUGAAAUCACUUGGAAUGGAAGUACCAAGUUGUUUUGAGUUUACUAAUUCAACAUCAUCUCAAGACUCCCGAAACUCUUAGCAUUAGUUAUUUUCCAAUAGAUAUGCAAGUAUUUUGGAUGUAUUUAAUUUUUGGAUUGUAGUAAGGCUUGUAGUUAUGGUACAAUGACUUUUAGUAUUGAGUGUUAAACGAUAUUUGCUACCUCAUUGACUCAAGUAUGACUUUAGUGGAGCAUGU